UUUACGUACGUUGUCAUGAUUGACGGGAGCAGCCUGGGGAUUUCCCCAACCUUCACUGAGCGUCGAAAGAGUGGAGACCGGACGGGUAUGAAGGGGUACUAAACUCCGGUUAGUGAUGCCCCCCCAGUUAUAUUAACCGGGGUAAAGCUGACUGUUGAAGACGGACACGAAAAUGACCAGCCUGUAUAGCCAGCACUCUGGCCUUGGCGGCCAGGCAAAGGAUAUAGACUCCACGGACGAGUGGUGCGAUAGCGGGCUUUGCUUUUCCAGUGGGACCGAUGCAUGUCAUUCGGGCCCAGGGGAGCGUCUCGACUCAGCUAUAGGAGAUUCUCUCAUCGAGGAGUCAGACGCAGAACUGAGCAAAAUUACACACGGCAUAGUGGCCAUAGAAAUUGGAGAGAAGAGCGAAGAAUACUGCAGUCAGCCUGCCCAUGAAACGGAGGAGCCCGUUGUGGACAGCGCAAGGGUCCUGGAAGAAACAGUUAGAUCAUUGGCCUUUAUCUCCGAGGAUGGGGACACUGCUCUGCACUUGGCUGUGAUCCAUGAGCAUACUCUUUUCCUUGAAUACAUUCUUAAUUUCAUCUCCGGUGAUCCCUCCAGGACAGAGUACCUCAAUGUGCAGAAUGAUUUGGGCCAGACUGCCCUCCACAUUGCAGUCAUCGUUAAGCAACCUGAUACAGUGAGGAAGUUGCUGCGGGCUGGUGCCAAUCCUGAAAUUCAGGAGCGGGAGGGAAACACUGCACUACACAUCGCCUGCAGGGAGUCUCUGUGGGAAUGUGUGACAGCACUGACCUGGCCUGACUUGCACAAAGCACAUCUUCAGACCACCAAUUAUGCAGGCUUCACGCCAUUGCAUAUUGCCAUACAGAGAAAGGACAUAAACACGGUGACGAUGCUUCUGUCUGCUGGGGCUGAUAGCAAUGUGAAGGACUUGAGCUGUGGCCGCACUGGUCUGCAUUUGGCUGUGGAGGUACAGAGUGCUGAACUUGUGAAGCUGCUGCUCAAUCAAGGGGCAAAUGUGAAUGCAACCAUGUAUUCUGGUUAUACGCCACUGUAUAGUGCCCUCUACAGACCCAGCGAACUAAUACGCACGAUCCUGAGGGAGCAUGGAGCUCUGGAGCCAGAACCUGAACUUGUCUGGGAUGAAGAUGAAUCUGAGCAGUCAGAUGAGGAAGAGGAGGAGGAAUUUGAUGAUCUGGUCAUUAAUGGACAUCCCGUUGUGUAGAAGAGACUUCUGUAAAAUGGCCCCAUUGACUCUCCAGAUCUUGCCAAUAUCCAGACGCUGGAAAUGAUGUUUUUUUUAUGUGUUAUGGGGUUCAGGACUAAAUUUAGAAGAGGAGAGGAUGUGGUCUACCACAAUAGCCUAGUGGCAAGUGUAUUGACUGAGGACACUGUAGUAUUAGGUGGUGCCAUGUGCUACUGGGUGCUACCAGGAAUUAUAUCACUGUGGCUUGCAGUUCAUUGGCUGCUCUGCAUCUGUGCCCGAGGAGUUGUGGAGUAACCGCAUGCCUAAUUUAUUGUGAUUCCUUGACCUCAAGGGAUAUCUCACAGUAUGUAUAUAUAAAGGUCAAAAUUGUUCGCUGUACAUGUUAAUGUCUGUACUCCAUGUUUUUAGAAUUUUGCGUAAAUGCAGCCCUCCUGGGCAUAAUAUUGUGGCAUAUGCAGUAGCUGUCUGUGCUGGACCUGAACUACAUGUCGCCUGAAGGGAAAGCACUACCACCCCCCUGGAGAGUGACACCGUGGAUGGCUGGAUCACUGGACAACAUAAUGGGUUACCAUUAUUCCAUUUUGGAGAAGCCUAGGAUUCCUGCAGCCCCUUGAAGCUGAUUAUCGAUCUGGUGGAUUGGCUGUAUUGUCCAGUUGACUCAGUGUAUUUUUGUAAUGCCACUUAAUGUAAUUAUUUCACGAUUUUGAAGAUCUUGUCUUUUUUUGCCAGUUUUAUGAAAACCAUACUUGUGCAGCUACUAUCUUUUAAGCUUAAUGCUGCUUAAAAAUGUCAGCUAGUGUUCUCAUGAUUCAUUUGUACAUCCUUUGCAGUUGGCUGGCGGCAAAUAUUGUAAUGAGGCAGAGACUUGUACUUUGGAAGGCAGCAAAGUAUUUAAAAAUUGUGAGGACGGGGGCCAGUGUAGUGUUUGUAGGGCCAGACAUGUUACUAGGAGCUCACUGAUGUGAAUUGUCUGUACCCAGAAUGAAGUACUUAAUAAAUCUGUUUACUGUCUAGA